GGAGAGCCAGUGGAAAGGCAAAGGAGAGAGAGGUCAUCAUUUGGUGCAGGCAGUAGUGUAGAUGAGGACACGAAUGAACCGAGUCCUCCACACCGGCAAAAGUCUCCCCGCGGAAGAGCAUCGGACCGCCUCCCGUUACACAGUCCCUUUGCAGUUUCCGUGUGUCGGUGAUGCUCAUGGUUAUUAAUAGGCUCCCGCGGUCCUCCGUCGAUUCCUGAGGACCAUUCAGAUCACCGGAUCAGAUGCGAGUGCGCAGUUUCUGAGGUGACAUUACCAACAACGCGUAAGAUUUCCUUUCACAAAGACUAGUUCUGAACGCGCUACCGGAACCGGAGGCGAUGUUAACGGAGCCGUGCACGUCUUGUUGAGGAUCCAUCUGCACUCGUCCUCAAUGGUCACCUUCUGUCCGAGCCUGUCUUUCUGCUUACUGCAGUCCGCAUCAGAGGAUGUACGCGGAGGGAAGCACGCCAGACACUGAGCCAGACGAGUGCCAGAAGAAGACAUCAUGCUUCUCCAACAUCAAAAUAUUCCUCAUCUCGGAAUGUGCCUUAAUGUUGGCGCAGGGCACUGUAGGAGCUUAUCUGGUCAGUGUCCUCACCACGUUAGAGCGGCGUUUCAACUUGCAGAGCGCUGACGUGGGUGUGAUCGCCAGCAGCUUCGAGAUCGGCAACCUCGCUCUCAUCCUCUUCGUCAGCUACUUCGGGGCGAGGGCCCAUCGGCCGCGGCUGAUUGGAUGUGGUGGUAUUGUGAUGGCACUGGGGGCAUUACUGUCAGCGCUGCCUGAGUUCCUGACCCACCAGUAUCAGUAUCAGACUGGAGAGUCACGGCCUGUUGGACAGGGACAAAACGUGUGCUCCAACAGCAGUCGGGCAGGUCUCUCUGAUCCCGGCUAUAUUUGCGGAAACAGAACCAACACCAACAUGAUGUACCUGCUGCUCAUCGGAGCACAGAUGCUUCUGGGUGUUGGAGCGACACCCCUGCAGCCGCUGGGCGUAUCCUACAUUGAUGACCAUGUCAGAAGAGAAGACUCAUCCCUUUAUAUUGGUAUCUUAUUCUCUACACUGGUCUUUGGACCAGCUUGUGGUUUCAUUCUUGGCUCUCUGUGCACCAAAGUUUAUGUUGAUGCAGUCUUUAUUGACACAACCACGCUGGACAUCACUCCUGACGACCCACGCUGGAUUGGUGCCUGGUGGGGCGGCUUUAUCAUCUGUGGCCUUUUUCUCUUCGUCUCCUCGUUUUUCAUGUUUGGGUUCCCGCAGUCGCUGAAUGAGCCUGGCGAGGGUCCAGGGGGAGAGAGCGAACAGGCCAUGCUGCCCGCUGAGCUAGUGCAGGAGUAUGAAGGAGUCAAAACCUCAGAUGACCUGGAGAUCAGCACUGGCCUCACCUGCUGCCAGCACCUGCAGGUUAUCCCCAAGGUGACUAAGCAUCUGCUGUCCAAUCCGGUUUUCACCUGUGUCAUCCUCGCGGCCUGUAUGGAAAUCGCUGUGGUGGCUGGAUUUGCUGCCUUCCUAGGAAAAUAUCUCGAACAGCAGUUCAACCUUUCAACGUCCUCUGCCAAUCAGCUUCUAGGUAUGACAGCAAUCCCCUGUGCUUGUCUGGGUAUUUUCCUGGGUGGCCUCCUGGUGAAGAAGUUGGAUCUGUCUGCAUUAGGGGCUAUUCGUCUGGCCAUGAUAGUCAAUAUCAUCUCUACGGCCUGCUACGUCUCCUUCCUGUUCCUAGGCUGUGAUACGGGCCCGGUCGCCGGGGUUACUGUUGCCUAUGGCAACGAGAGUCUGGGGUCAUGGGAGCGGACAGAGGCUGCCUGUCUGUCAGGCUGUAACUGUUACAAAUCUUCUCUAAGCCCCGUCUGCGGCUCCAAUGGUGUCACCUACCUCUCAGCCUGCCUCGCCGGCUGUACGAGAACCAAUCUGACGGGCUGUAAGUGCAUUGCUCACAGCGAAGGACUUGGUACGGCCACACCAGGGAAGUGUCCCAGUCCAGGCUGUCAGCAGGCCUUCCUCACGUUCCUUGCAGUGGUGUGCGCUUGCAGCAUGAUCGGAGCCAUGGCCCAGACCCCAUCUGUCAUCAUCCUCAUCAGAACUGUGAGCCCAGAGCUGAAAUCAUACGCCCUUGGAGUUCUCUUCCUGUUGCUCCGGCUGCUAGGUUUCAUUCCUCCACCUCUGAUCUUUGGCAUUGGGAUUGAUUCCACCUGCCUGCUCUGGAGCUCUAUGUGCGGCAUUAAAGGAGCCUGUAUGCUUUACGACAACGUCACUUACCGAUACCUUUACGUCAGCAUCGCCAUCGUCCUCAAAUCCAGCGCCUUCAUCCUCUACGCCGUCACCUGGCAGUGUCUGCGUCACAACUACUGCAAGUACAUUAAGAAUAGUGAGGAUUACCUGACGCCGAGUCAGCUGUUCGCCUCCAACCUCACGCUGGACAACCUGGGCAAAGACAUUGCGCAAAAUCCGUCAAACCGCACCAAGUUCAUUUACAACCUCGACGACCAUGCCUGGAGCGAGAACAUGGAGUCAGCCAUAUAAUCCCACCCCAAAGAGGGCCAUCCGGCCGAUAUGCACACGCUAGCUUAGUCUCAUAAUGCUUUUAUUCGAAAAACAAAGGCCAUUUCUGCAUAUUCCCGCUGACAGGGAGAAAUGGGCACUCUUUUGGCGUAUCCAGGGUGUUUUGACUAAACCGAGCCAAAUGAAUUUGACUGUUACUGUAGUCAGGACUUGCAUAUGCUGGAUAAAUGAUUCGUGAUGAAACGCAUCCAUCAUAUUAGGACGCGUUUUAGGGGCUGUUUACACGACAACGUUUUCAGCCCAAAAUGCAAAGUUCUGUAUGCGUUUCGCCUGUUCAUUUACACAACAACAGCGUUUUUAGACUGAAAGCGCAUAAAACUAAGGUUUUUGAAAUCGGUGCCAUUGCCAUGUCCGUGUAAACACCUGAAAACCAGUGGAUUUGAAUGUUAUCACUCGGCUUAAUGGCCGUUAUUAGUGGUUAUCAGCUAAAAGAUCAUGUAUAAUAAGCUCAAAAGGCUGUUAUCAUCCAUCCACAUAGUUAAACAGCUAUAGAUCACAUGCGUUUGUGGCUGUAAGUUAACAAGAAUUAUUUAUAUUAUUUAUUAAAUUUCCCAUUAUUUGUAUUUAAUUAACGUUUACUCCUACCCCAACCCUAAACCCAACAUCACAAUAAUGAAAAAUCAGAUCUGGUCCUGGAGUCUUCUCUAUUAGUAUAGCUAAUUAACCAUGUGGAAGGAUGAUAACAGCCUUUUGAACCUACCAGUAGGCACAGAAGACUCCUACUAGCCCAUAUCUAUCAGGUGAUAAGCAUUGAUAACGGCCAUUCAAUCUAGUGUUAACAAUCGAAGCAGGUGCGAAAACGAUGCAUCAAAGCCUUUCAGAAUUAUGACGUCAUGCUCAUGCAGGCUACAUGUUUAGGGAGUUGUGCUGUAGAUUAAAGGCAAAUGCGAACAAACGCACAACAGUAGCAGAGUAUGUGGUAGUGUGAUUGUUGUUUGCUAAGGCUAAGUUUGGAUCUACUUUAGAUUACAACAAACCGAGAUGCAUCGCACACAGCAAAUUUUACAACAGUGCCAAGGGUUGUUGCUAGAAAGGAUACAGCUCCGACCAGAGAAUUAAUAUAAUAUAAUAUAAUAUAAUAUAAUAUAAUAUAAUAUAAUAUAAUAUAAUAUAAUAUAAUAUAAUAUAAUAUAUACACAUGAUGACGACUGAAGUCUUGCCUUCUUGUACAGGAGCCAAUCAGUAAUCACUUUAGACUGAAGAUUCUCUAGGAGAGGGGAUCAGACCAGACGUGAGUUCCUGCAGAUUUUGUCUGAUUCAAACAUUUAGAAAUGAAACUAAAGAAAGCGUUGUUGGUAAACUAUAUAGGUGCUUUCUAGUAGGACAUUCAAUCGUAAGCUUGGCUAGCAAUUUUGUAGAAUUCGAUGUUUCCCCAAAGAUGGCCACUGAGUGAAAACACUUGCUUUAAAAAGACUUUGAUAUAUUUAGCCUAGUUGUCAGUGCGCCGACACAUACAGUGCAACUGUGUAGCGGGCGUCCUGAGUUCAAGUCCAAACUCGCAAACCUUUCAAUAUCCGCUUCUCACUACACUUCCUGUCAAUAUACAGUCCUAUCAUAUUAAAAUGGCAAAAAUCAUUACCAGAUCCAGCCUUACCCUAAACCUACCCCUCACAGUAACAUAAAAAUAGUAAUAAUUGUUGUUCAGUGUCACAAGCGUUAUGCUACACUGAUGUGCGCAUGCACAAGUAUCCGCAGCUGUAUCCCUUCUAGACUUUACCAACAACUUUACUUGCUUACAGGUACUGUUUACGAUCAAGGAGACAGCAUCAAAAAAUUGCCCUGGCAUAUGUAAUACAGCAUUCUUGGCUAUUUUUGUGGUUGUGUAAAUGUGUAACUUUUUAAAAACCGCAAGAGAAAAACCUUUCCAUUUUUGGCUACAUCGCUGUCGUGUAAACUUAGCCUUAGGUUGCAGUUCCAAAAGUGAACAAUUAAUCUUCCAUUGAUCGAAACUAGCCCCAGCUUACACAUACAAGCACCUUUUUUAGGUUUUAUUUUGGAUGGUCUUUUUAGUAUUUUUUUAAAAGAUGAAAAAAAAAAAAUAACUACAAAUAUUAGCAUAUAUGUUCUUUGAAUAUUAGCGAAUACAUUUACUUGAAUAUAGUUGAAGCUAUGGAAACGUCUGUCUAUUUUUUUGGAGGGUUUGAGAAGGCUUGAUGCAAUUACUCGAUCUCGCCUGUGUACAGUCAUUAGAUUAUAAAAAAAGACAGACACAAGUGCAGAGUUCACACACGUCAUGUCUCCUAUUAAUCAGCCUAAUUACAUAAUAGUGAACAUUUUAGGCCCGUGUCCGUGAAAACGUAUAGCUCGAAUAGACGAAAAGGUUCAUUAAUUUUGUGACGCCUCAGUGUGUGCAGUGGUCCAGAGCGCCAUCUAAAGCCACAUGUAACAUUAACCAGUAGCUGUUUUCCAGCAGAGGACACUGAAGGAUAGAAGGAUGGAUUUAUUUCAAUGCAUGCAGGUAUUGCAUGUUGAUGCAUCAGAGCAGGCGCAUGGGAUUUGAAUCGUUUUGGAGAAGGUAGACAUUUCUCUUCUAUUACUCCAGCAUCUCCUUAAAUGGUGUGUCAUACUGCGUGCAGAGUUACUAAUGUAUUACAACGCCUUACAUUCUUUGUUUCUUUGACUCCAUCACUAAGGAAAUUAUAGCUCAGAAGACCAAAUGCUAGGAUUAACGAAGUUUUACAGCGCUUAGUGGUGAAACAUUCGUUUUCUUCAGCAAACAUUGCAAUAUAUAUAGAGAUAUAUAGAUAAAACAUAAGGAAAUUAUUUAUGAACUAUUCAAAUAUCAAUCUGAGUUGCAUUAAUUAUAUGAACGGAUGUUCAAAAACGACUUUAGAGUUAAUUCAUACAUUUUUGUAUGACAUUGGACCUAAGAAUUUGUUUCAUAUACUUAUAACUUAUUUUCUAUGCUUUUUUUACAAAAAAGAAAACAAAUAAAAUGUACAAAAAAAUAUCGAAGGGGGAAGGUGGUGAAUCCAUGUCAAUGUAACAAAGCUAACAAAUGCUUUUUGUAGAGAAAUGAUUUGUUUCUGCUGCUUUUCAAUGACAGUUUACUGGACGCAAGUAGACUGAGCAAAACCCAAACCCAUUAUCACCCUUCAUGUAAAUGGCUUCCCAAGCACAUUAUUUUAAUGCACUGCAAUAUACGCUGAAACGCUUGAUAGCUUGAAUGUUGAGGCCGGUGUCAGUACAAAUGGGAUGAUAUAAGAAUGAUGUCAUUGUUUAUAUAAUCAUUGCUCUCUAUAGAUAAUUCAUUGGCGUAAAAGUGCCAAAGUGAUGCCAUUUAAGUGUACUGAGUUCUCUCCGAGAGGCAGUUUUUCAUAAUGCUGGAAUUGUAAACGACCGCAAGAUGCUUUAUUGUAUUGUACGUAGACAUAUGUGAUAUCUUAAGCAAACAUAACACCUUGUACAUAGUGACAUUUAAAGUCUAUUCUCUCCAGAAUGUAGAACAUAGCGAUGCUUUAGGCUUUUACAGGUGAUGUCUUAACUUUGGAAAGAUAUAUAUACAUACAUAUAUAUAUAUAUAUAUAUAUACACAUACAUAUAUA